UUGCGGCAUAAAUCACUAUGGACACUGCUGUAUAAUAUUUAGAAAAGCAUUAGCCUGACCUGGGGUCGUAUUAGCCUUUUUUUUUUAAACAUCCUUUCACAUGAACAGCAGCAGUCGAGCUAGCUUUAUCGACAUUAGUGUCAUCUCGGCAGAUUAGAAGGGAAGUGCGCUAACCUUUGCUGAGUGUACAUUUGAAUUAAAGAGAUGUUUUUGCUUUCUGUGCUGGACUAAACGAAAACGGAAGUUAUUGUAAGGCUUCCUCUUGUUGUGUUGCGCCUCUCUUGAUAAACGAACAACAUUUCCCAGAAGUCCUUGCCGCUGACCUGUCACCCAAAAUGUCAGCCCUCUGAAAGCAAAUGCGCCGGGGUUGUUAUGAUUACAGUGCUCUUUCUUUUAAAGUUUCGUUUAUAUAUAUAAUUCGUAUAUUUAAUUGUAUCGUGUGAACAUUACAUCAUCAUUAUUUCUCCUCCCUGUCUUCUUCAUGGCGUGAGGCUACAAGCGGAACCGAAACAUGUCGUUUUCUAUGGUGAAACGGUGCUGUGGGACGCCCCUGUUUAGACGUGUGCUGCAGUUUAAAAUGUGCAGAAGGAAGAGUCAAGACUCUAAUGUGACCUACACAGUGUUUAGACACCGCUGGAUGAAAGCACUGCCUGUGCUAUGCAGCAGCUCCAGGAGGCUAAGCACCCAGGCCGACAAGGAUGCUGUGGACCUGUCCAAAUUCCCUGUGGACAGAAUCAGGAACUUCUGCAUCAUCGCCCAUAUUGAUCACGGGAAAAGCACCUUGGCUGACAGACUGCUGGAAAUGACUGGUGCUAUAGCAAAGACGGAGAAGAACAAACAGGUGCUGGACAAGCUGCAGGUGGAGCGAGAGAGGGGGAUAACCGUAAAGGCCCAGACAGCGUCUUUGUUUUACAACUACGAGGGGCAGCGGUACCUCCUGAACCUCAUUGACACCCCGGGUCAUGUCGACUUCAGCUACGAAGUGUCUCGCUCGAUUUCUGCUUGCCAGGGUGUCCUGUUGAUCGUUGAUGCCAAUCAGGGCAUUCAGGCACAAACUGUUGCUAACUUCUACCUGGCAUUUGAAGCUCAGCUGACAAUCAUUCCCGUCAUCAAUAAGAUUGAUUUGAAAAAUGCUGAUCCAGAGCGGGUGGAGUCACAGAUUGAAAAGGUGUUUGAUAUUCCACGCGAAGAAUGCAUCAGGAUUUCAGCUAAACUUGGAACAAAUGUUGACAAGGUGCUCCAAGCUGUUGUAAACAGGAUUCCACCGCCCAUAGCGAGCACCGAAGACCCAUUUAAAGCCUUAGUGUUUGACUCCAAUUUUGACCACUACAGAGGAGUCGUGGCCAACAUUGCCGUGUUUGGAGGUCGGGUCAAAAAAGGGGACAAGAUUGUGUCGGCACAUCUCGGAAAAGCCUACGAGGUCAACGAGCUAGGCCUUCUCCGACCAGAUGAGCACCCAACGCAGAAGCUAUUUGCAGGUCAGGUGGGUUACAUCAUAGCAGGGAUGAAGGAUGUGAAAGAGGCCCAGAUCGGUGACACACUCUACCUGCAGGAGCAGCCAGUCGAAGCUCUCCCAGGAUUCAAACCUGCCAAAGCCAUGGUCUUUGCUGGCAUGUAUCCAAUGGACCAGUCAGAAUACACUGGCCUCCGCAGCGCCAUUGAAAGACUGACCCUGAAUGACUCGAGUGUCGCAGUGCAAAGAGACAGCAGUCUGGCCCUGGGGGCAGGAUGGAGACUUGGCUUCCUGGGUCUCCUCCAUAUGGAGGUGUUCAAUCAGAGGCUGGAGCAGGAAUACAAUGCUUCUGUUAUCGUGACUGCGCCCACCGUGCCCUACAAGGCUGUGCUCUCCUCAGCCAAACUCAUCAAGGAACAUGGCAGUGAGGAGAUAACCAUUGUGAAUCCCGCUCAGUUCCCCGACAGGUCGGUCGUGUCAGAGUAUUUGGAGCCCAUGGUCCUGGGGACCAUUCUCACUCCAGACGUUUACAUUGGAAAGAUUAUGACUCUGUGUUUGAAUCGCAGGGCGGUCCAGAAGAACAUGGUGUACAUAGAUGACCAGCGUGUCAUGAUGAAAUAUCUCUUCCCUUUAAAUGAAAUCGUGGUGGAUUUCUAUGACCUCCUCAAAUCACACUCAUCUGGAUACGCCAGCUUUGAUUAUGAGAAUGCAGGUUACCAGGCUGCUGAUUUGAUAAAGAUGGAUAUUCUGCUGAAUGGACGCCCAGUAGAAGAGCUGACCACAGUUGUACACAGGGAGCGUGCGUACAGUACAGGGAAAGCCAUGUGUGAGCGACUAAAGGACUCCAUCCCAAGGCAGAUGUUUGAGAUUGCCAUACAGGCAGCUAUUGGAAGUAAGGUCAUUGCAAGAGAAACAAUAAAGGCGUAUAGAAAAAAUGUUCUCGCAAAAUGUUAUGGAGGUGACAUUACACGGAAAAUGAAGCUACUGAAGAAACAGGCAGAAGGUAAAAAGAAGAUGAGGCGUAUCGGCAAUGUGGAAGUUCCCAAAGAUGCUUUUAUUAGUGUUCUGAAGAGGAAAGAAAAAUAGACUGUGAGACUAUAAAACAACAUGGAGCAGGUUUUUGUUAUUGAAAGGCUCUGUCACGUUUUCUUUGAAUAAAGUGCUGCAAACUGGAGUGAAAA